UCCAACGCUACCACCUAGCCAUCGGGUCGUUCGCGGCUGAGGCCUAUUGGUCGCAGAGUUGGUUUCCAUGACUUCCCUCUCAUCAUGAUCCCCUCGUGUGGUGCCGGUUUCACAGCAAGAUUGAUCCGUCACGGACUCAGCGUUGGUGUCUCGGGCGUACGGUUCGGUUCCAUGUCAGAGUCGAAGCACCUUAAAUUCUAAUUCUACUCCGACUCCAUUACCACGAUGUGUAUUCAUGAUCACUUCCCCAGCCGAUAAAUCAACCCAUAUGUUUGCUACUCGCCAAUUGACAAUCGUUCCAAUCAAUCUGAGGAGACGGCACUUUGAUCGCGAGGCUAGCGUUCCGGCGACCACGCGAAACCGAGGUUCUGCGAGGUGACAGCGACGAUGGCUUCGGCCGGCGAGUCCGGAGACGGCGCCGACGGGAAGGGCGUGACGACGAUCACGAUCAUCAGCUCGGACAAUGAGGCGUUCGAGGUGCUGGAGGCGGCGGCGAGCAUGUCGCUUACCAUCCGCCACUUGAUCGAGGACGGCUGCGCCGACGGCGGCAUCCCGCUCCCCAACGUCACCGCUGGCAUCCUCGCCAAGGUCCUCGAGUACUGCAGCAAGCACGUCGCCGCCGUCGCCGCGAGCUCCGAGGCCGGAAGCUCCUCCAACGCCGCCGAUGCUGCCGCAGCACCAGAGAAGGAGGAGGAUCUGGCAAGCUUCGACAAGGCGUUCAUCGACGUGGAGCAGGACACGCUGUACGACCUCCUGAUGGCCGCCAACUACCUCGAGGUCAAGGGCUUGCUGGACCUCGCCUGCCAGAAGGUCGCCGACAUGAUCAAGGGCAAGACGCCGGACGCGAUCAGGCAGACGUUCAAAAUCAAGAACGACUUCUCGCCCGAGCAGGAGGAGAAGAUCCGCGAGGAGAAUCAAUGGGCCUUCGAGUAG